CGAGUGUCCGUAGUAGCAACCAUGGCACUGUUGUUAGGACUAUUCACAGGACUUUGUUUUACGGUGAUUUGUGUUAUUGUGCGGCUUCUGAUUGUGAUUCGUUGUGGAUCAAAAUGUAAACCGGGAGAGAAAGGUCCCGUCUGCGUGCUUGUCGUUGCUGGAUCAGGUAACGACUUUGUAAAAGUAGUGGCUAGCUAGCCGGCUAAGCUAGCAGCAGGUAGUGAAGCGUCCGAGCCAAUCCUUUGCUUUUUGGGAAUUUAUUCAUCUUGAUCAAUUACUAGGCUUUACUCUUUACUUUACACUCAAGUGGCAUUUCUUGCUGCCUUCAUGCUAGUUAUUAAACUACAGAGUAGUAAUAAAGAAUCGCUUUGUUUAGGUAGCUAGGUAACCUAGCUAUUAGGGCUGACGUCACCAAUAACAAACAUGUGGCCGGGGAAGAUGACCAAAGGAGACCAGCCUAAAGCUAAAUGUAUUUUUUUUAGGCAGUUACAUUAUAAUGCACAGUCAGUGUUUUAUGUCAAAACAUCACAUUUUAACUUUCUUUAUAAACACUAUUGGCUUAUCUGUGAGUAAUUGUAAAUUGCACCUUAAUACGGAUGAUACUGUUUUGUUCUCUAGUGCCCUCUCUGUGAAAGACGCCAUUUGUGAACUGCAGCUUGCUUUACAUUCCAUAGAAAACUCCCCUGUUGACAUUAAAACAAAGUUUAUGUUAUCCAAAUCUCAUAAUAUUGACCCCACUGUCUUGCAUAAUGUAGCCUAUAGGCUAGCUUGAGUGCAGCACCAAUUGAUUGAUACGUUUUAUAUUUUAAAACGCAUAUACAGUACCAGUCAGAAGUUUGGACACACCUACUCAUUCCAGGGUUUUUAUUUUUUUAUUUUUUACAAUUUUCUACAUUGUAGAAUAAUAGUGAAGACAUCAAAGCUAUGAAAUAACACAUGGAAUCAUGAAGUAACCAAAAAAGUGUUGAAACAAAUCAAAAUAUAUUUGAGAUUCUUCAAAUAGCCACCCUUUGCCUUGACAGCUUUGCACACUCUUGGCAUUCUCUCAACCAGCUUCAUGGGCUAGUCACCUGGAAUGCAUUUCAAUUAACAGGUGUGCCUAAUUAAAAGUUAAUUUGUGGAAUUUAUUUCCUUCUUAAUGCGUUUGAGCCAAUCAGUUGUGUUGUGACAAGGUAGGGGUGGUAUACAGAAGAUAGCCCUAUUUGGUAAAAUACAAGUCCAUAUUAUGGCAAGAACUGCUCAAAUAAGCAAAGAGAAAUGACAGUCCAUCAUUACUUUAAGACAUGAAGGUCAGUCAAUCCGGAACAUUUCAAGAACUUUGAAAGUUUCUUCAAGUGUAGUCGCAAAAAUCAUCAAGUGCUAUGAUGAAACUGCCUCUCAUGAGGACCGCCACAGGAAAGGAAGACCCAAAGUUACCUCUGCUGCAGAGGAUAGGUUCUUUAGAGUUAACUGCACCUCAGAUUGCAGCCCAAAUAAAUGCUUCACAGAGUUCAAGUAACAGACACAUCUCAACAUCAACUGUUCAGAGAAGACUGCGUGAAUCAGGCCUUCAUGGUCGAAUUGCUACAAAGAAACCACUACUAAAGGUUUCUUUAGACACCAGACGUGCUUGGGCCAAGAAACACGAGCAAUGGACAUUAGACCGGUUCCAACUGCCGUGUCAUUGUGAGACUCAGAGUAGGUGAACGGAUGAUCUCUGCAUGUGUGGUUCCCACUGUGAAGCGUGGAGGAGGAGGUUUUAUGGUGUGGGGGUGCUUUGCUGGUGACACUGUCUGUGAUUUAUUUAGAAUUCAUGGCACACUUAACCAGCAUGGCUACCACAGCAUUCUGCAGCGAUACGCCAUCCCAUCUGGUUUGUGCUUAGUUGGGACUAUCAUUUGUUUUUCAACAGGACAAUGACCCAAAACACACCUACAGGCUGUGUAAGGGCUAUUUGAUUAAGAACGAGAGUGAUGGAGUGCUGCAUCAGAUGACCUGGCCUCCACAAUCCCCCAACCUCAACCCAAUUGAGAUGGUUUGGGAUGAGUUGGACCACAGAGUGAAGGAAAAGCAGCCAACAAGUGCUCAGCAUAUGAGGGAACUCCUUCAAGACUGUUGGAAAAGCAUUCCUCAUGAAGCUGGUUGAGAGAAUGCCAAGAGUUUGCAAAUCUGUCAUCAAGGCAAAGGGUGGCUCCUUUAAAGAAAUAUAGUUUGAAUUGUUUAUCACUUUUUUGGUUACUACAUGAUUCCAUAUGUGUUUUUUCAUCGUUUUGAUGUCUUCACUAUUAUCCUACAAUGUAGAAAAUUAUUUAAAAAAUAAAGAAAAACCCUUGAAUGAGUAGGCGUGUCCGAACGUUUGACUGGCACUGUAGAUAAACAAACUAAAACACAGAGAAUUAACCUUGGUUUCUUAUUUAGAAUAGUCCUGCUUGACCUUUGACUACAGGAAGAAGAUAGUACAGGUGACACUCAUGCCAGUUCUAAAAUAUGGUGAAAUGAUCUAGCUGUCUCCUCUGAUUUGUGCCAAACUGCUUUUAGUUAUAGGGCUGCUCAGUCCUUCAGGAUCUAUUACAGCUUGACAUCCUGGUUUAAUUAAGACUUUUAAUACAGGACCUGUUCAUUGUGAAAUGUACUUGGAAAAUCUAAGAUUUUUGCUUUGUGUAUAUACUUUGUUUAAGCUGUUUUGGAUUAUUGUAACACAGAGCACCAUUGAAAAGGAGACCCGGGGGAUAAUACUAGUGCUUGCUUCCAUUGACCAUGUAGCCUGCGUUACAUCUAUGCAUUCACUGUGGUUUUUCUUCAGGGGGACAUACCACUGAGAUCCUGCGCCUGAUGGAGAGUCUCUCUCAGUCCUACAGCCCAAGACACUAUAUCAUCGCAGACACGGACAAGAUGAGUGAAGACAAGAUACGCACCUUUGAAAACUCAAAGAAAGACACUGGUUCAAAAGGCCAGGUAGGCAUACAGCCUCUUGCAAAUUAACUAGCGUAGUUCUUGAGUAGCCUAUUGCAGCCACCGUCAUCAGCUUUCCUUUCAAAAUAUGGAAAAACAUGGACACGUGAAAGGUCUAAAGAUGCAUUGUUACCAUUAUUUGAAAUAUGAAUUCCUCUCUGUUGCAAUGAUAUUUUAUGAGUGCAGUUCUAUUCAGAACGUCUAUGUUUGUUAAUUCUCGUUGAGAUGAGAUUCUGAUCUGUAGUGUAAAUCGAGUUCUCAGUGCAAGUCUUAUCCUCACCACCAGAUGGAGCCAACUCCUUUUUUUAUUUUAUUUGGUGUGACAAAACUUCCCGUCACUUACUUGCUUACUUGCCGUUGAGCUAGAUGUGUCUCUGUGUAGUCAGCAUUGCUUAUGAUACCUGUCCUUGCUGUAACGUGUAUCUUUUAGCCUACUUUGUCCUAUCAAUUGGCCCUGUGAGAUUUUAAGCUACCCUUCUCAUUUCAUCACUUCCCUCCCCGUCAAGUUUACCAUCCAGAGGAUCCCUCGUAGCCGUGAGGUGCGUCAGUCCUGGAGUUCCUCUGUGAUCACCACUCUGAACGCCCUGCUCUACGCCAUUCCUCUGGUGUUCAGGCUCAGGCCAGACAUGGUAGGUUGAAUCAUAAUGUAAUAUCUCGUAUAGCCUAAUUAGGCCUGACAUGGUACUUUAGAUCUACAGGACGCUGCUGUACCCUAUCCCAUUGAGUCUCUCUCAGACCAGACAUGGGAGGUUUAUUCGUAAUGGAAUAUAAUCCGUCCAGACAUGGUUGGUUUAGGAUACAGCCCCCCAGUGUGCAACCAUAGCCUGGUCCCAGAUCUGUUUGUGCUGUCUUGCCAACUCCUAUGGUGGAUCGCCAUGCCAAACAAUCACCAUAGGAGUUGGCUAAACAAUAGAUCUGGGACCAGGCUAUGGUACCAUUCUCCCGACUUCAUUUUCAGAUACCUUUGCUACCACAUCGUUAUCAACGUUUGUCUUCCAGGCGUUAAUCUACAAUGUUAAACAUUUCACGGCCUUCAGUCUUCUCACUAGUCAAAGUCCCUCACAGUUUGUGUGUAAAAUGACUUCCCGUUCUGUCAUAUUCAUUACAUGUUCAUGAUUCAUGGGCCUUUCAGUGGUCUGUCUGUGUCUGUGUUUGGAGGAAACCAGUUUCACUCAACUCAGAAACGUAGAUUUGGUUCUUUAUAACUCUCUUAUUGUAGGCCUAGAUAUCAAUUCAUGAGUUCAGUUCUUUAAUAUUUCUUGUCAUUUUGCUAAUGUGAAUAAGGAAUAAUGAAGCAUAAUGCUAUUAAAAUAAUUGAUAGGCUGCAUAUGUCUUCAGUUUAAAAUUGGAGGGAGAGGGAGGGAGAGAUCUUGAAAUUUUUGUUCAUUUAUAUCGGUAAGGUUUUUUUUCGGCUGUUCAGGCACACAAACAUUUUUCUCGAGGCAAGCCGAAGUCGGUAGCUGAAGUCUACGCCAAUUCGUCGGUGAUUGGUCAACAGUAGGGAUUAUUCAAUAAAGUCUUUGUCAUUCAACGAGAGACGACUCAUUUUCAUGCACACGUUUUCAUUGAGAAAUACUGCACCGAACAUCUUAGGUAGAUGUAAAAUUACACGACUAAGAUCUCUUUAGACAAAAAACGUCAACUCAAUAAAUUUAUUCAUUUUAUCUUAAAUUAAUUCAGACUAUUUUGAGGAAGUGUAUACUGGCUACGGCUUCUCAAAAUGGACAAACAGUACUAUUGGCGCUUUUUUUCUUGUUUUUCAAGCGAAGGUGUUUUUAAGGGAGUGUGGAGCACACUCGUUCGGUUCGGGUAGCCAAGCUCGGUUCGGCACCAGCUGAUACUUUAACUCUGCAGCUCCGCUCUGGAAGAGGGAGAGGGGAGACGGAUGGUCAGGUCCCCCCCCUUCUGUCUCUUGGGACAACAGGGAUGCAGAGAGUGAGAGGGAAGAGAGGUAAGAGAGAGAGAGAGAGAGAGAGAAGAGAGAGAGAGAGAGAGAGAGAGAGAGAGAGAGAGAGAGAGGAGCUUCUGUUUGCUAGCAUAGAACUUGGUGACGUAAUGCAUUCCAGAAUAUAUUUAGGCUGUAUACUGACGUAGGUAGUUUUAUCUCAAGACUGCUUUCAGAGAAGGAAAUAUAUUUUCUUAUUUUGGAAGCAGUUCCAAUAGUGGCAACGCUAACAAAAUGGUGACUUCAUCUGGAUACUUUUGAACUUUGCUGGUAGCCCACAAUAAGGUAUUUCUUUUCAGGGUCUUGCUUAUAAUAAAACCCUUUACAUUCAUGAAUAGUAACAGCAUUGUGGGGAGAGACUAUUGAUUUAUUUUAAUUGCGUGUGUGUCACUCAUUCUGAUAUCACUGCUGUUUAAACCUCCAGGCAUCUGUAGGUUGACUGUGGGACCCAAUCGCAGUCGGUCGGUAUUUCGCUGUUCCAUCUGUUCAAACAGAGCCUCGUUGACAUCUCCACGGUAACCCAAACCCUGUCUCCACUCCAGCUGUCAAAAAUAAUAAUAAUGGUAGUCAUGGUAGAAAAGUGACAUUCAGACGUUUACGUCAAGCAGCUGUUUAAACCGCCAAUCUAUCAGUGAGACAGUCUAAUGCAUGUAGUCUGGCUGUCUGGGGGGGGGGGGGGGGGGGGGGGUUCCUGUUCCACUACAGCCCCGUCGAUGAGAAUGGGGACGUGCUCAGUCCUCUUUUUUUUUUUCCUGUAGUCCACAAUCAUCUCCUUUGUCUUGUCUUGGUCACGUUGAGGGAGAGGUUGUUGUCCUGGCACCACACGGCCAGGUCUCUGACCUCCUCCCUAUAGGCUGUCUCAUCGUUGUCGGUGAUCAGGCCUACCACUGUUGUGUCGUUGGCAAACUUAAUGAUGGUGUUGGAGUCGUGUCUGGCCACGCAGUCGUGGGUGAACAGGGAAUACAGGAGGGGACUGAGCACGCACCCCUGAGGGGCCCCCGUGUUGAGGAUCAGUGUGGCAGAUGUGUUGUUACCUACCCUUACCACCUGGGGGCGGCCCGUCAGGAAGUCCGGGAUCCAGUUGCAGAGGGAGGUGUUUAGUCCCAGGGUCCUUAGCUUAGUGAUGAGCUUGGAGGGCACUAUGGUGUUGAAUGCUGAGCUGUAGUCAACGAAUAGCAUUCUCACGUAGGUGUUCCUCUUGUCCAGGUGGGAAAUGGCAGUGUGGAGUGCAAUAGAGAUUGCAUCAUCUGUGGAUCUGUUGGGGCGGUAUGCAAAUUGGAGUGGGUCUAGGGUUUCUGGGAUAAUGGUGUUGAUGUGAGUCAUGACCAGCCUUUCAAAGCACUUCAUGGCUACAGACGUCAGUGCUACGGGUCGGUAGUCAUUUAGGCAGGUUAUCUUGGUGUCCUUGGGCACGGGACUAUGGUGGUCUGCUUGAAACAUGUUGGUAUUACAGACUCAGUCAGUGACAUGUUGAAAAUGUCAGUGAAGACACUUGCCAGUUGGUCAGCACAUGCUCGGAGUACACGUCCUGGUAAUCCAUCUGGCCCUGCGGCCUUGUGAAUAUUGACCUGCUUAAAAGUCUUAACCACAUCGGCUACGGAGAGCGUGAUCACAUAGUCAUCCAGAACAGCUGGUGCUCUCAUGCAUGCAUUCCUACAUGCUGUAUAUCUUGGUAUCUGGCUUUGUGACAAACUCUCAUUUAAAAAACAUGUCACUGAGCUGGUGAAGAAGUUGAAGUUCAAGGUUGGUUUCUGUGGUCCUCUGUAGCUCAAUUGGUAGAGCAUGGCGCUUGUAACGCCAGGGUAGUGGGUUCGAUCCCCGGGACCACCCAUACGUAAAAAUGUAUGCAUACAUGACUAAGUCGCUUUGGAUAAAAGCGUCUGCUAAAUGGCAUAUUAUUAUUAUUAUUAUAUUUUACAGAAACAAAGUAUGUCUGACUUUUGUUAAUAGUAAGGAAAUUGUCCAGGCCACUUUUAUGUCUAUUUUAGAUUCUGGGGAUAUUAUCAAUAUGCAUGCAGCAGCAUCUACAGUUAAACCACUAGAUGCUGUUUUCCAUUGUGCCCUUAGGUUUAUUACUGGAGAUGGUUCUAGAACUCACCAUUGGGCCCUUAGGUUUAUUACUGGAGAUGGUUCUAGAACUCACCAUUGGGCCCUUAGGUUUAUUACUGGUGAUGGUUCUAGAACUCACCACUGGGCCCUUGGGUUUAUUACUGGUGAUGGUUCUAGAACUCACCAUUGUGCCCUUAGGUUUAUUACUGGUGAUGGUUCUAGAACUCACCAUUGGGCCCUUGGGUUUAUUACUGGUGAUGGUUCUAGAACUCACCAUUGGGCCCUUGGGUUUAUUACUGGUGAUGGUUCUAGAACUCACCAUUGGGCCCUUGGGUUUAUUACUGGUGAUGGUUCUAGAACUCACCAUUGGGCCCUUGGGUUUAUUACUCGUGAUGGUUCUAGAACUCACCAUUGGGCCCUUGGGUUUAUUACUCAUGAUGGUUCUAGAAUUCACCAUUGGGCCCUUAGGUUUAUUACUGGUGAUGGUUCUAGAAUUCACCACUGUGUUUUGCAUCAAAAAGUGGGUUGGGCCUCUUUGUAUAUAAGGAGAGAGUAGCAUUCUCUUGUGUUUAUCUCCAAAGCACUCAUGCAGUAACUUCCUAUGUAUCUAUCAUUAAUUCAAUUUAGACUUACAAUUGACCAAACCCGGUCUCAGGCUUGGAUAACACUGGAGGCCCCUUCGGUCUCCACAGAGUUGGCUAAAGCUGCUUUUAGUUUUUCUGUGCCGUUUAUGUGGAACAACUUACAGAGCUCUCUGAAAGGAGAUGUUCUGGACCCCCUGGGUCAGUUCAGAGUAAUGAUCAGAGACCUCUGUGUUGAUAAAUGUCUGUUUUUCUUAUGUUUUGUAAUUGUGUUCGAUGUAUUUAUGCAGGGCUCAUCUGUAAAAGAGACCCUAACCUCAGUAUGACUUCCCUCUAAAAAAAAAUAAAAAAAAUGUUGGUGAGAAGUUGAGGGAGGGGCCUGAGGAAAUUCAAAGGCAGAGCUAUGGAAGCAAGGACUGACCAUCCAUGAUAUCAAAAGUAUAGUUGUAACCAUGUUGAGGCUAUAUCGUGUCUGUUUACAUUUACUGUACAUUACAUUACAAACAGAGUAAAAAAACUAACGUACGUUUUGGGUUCUGAUGGGGUACGACAGUUGAACUAAGCUCAUGAGGCAUUUGUAAGUCAUAUUCUUCAAAAAUCAAUGGGUGUGUGUAUACAUCAUUAUUUUACAAGUCCAAAAAUGGAUGUAGCAACUAAGGAUCCCAGCUUUAAAGAGGUUCUGGUCUUACUUUCACAGAUGUCUCUCUCCACAUUCAACCAUGAACCAUACUGUAUCAGUCGUACUGUAUUAUUCAUCAUGGACCUCGUCACUGCUGCUUGACACUGGCAGUGACCCAAAUGCCACCCUAUUCCCUAUCUAGUGCACUACUUUUGCCCAGGGACCAUAUAGGGAAUAGGGUACCAUUUGGGACACAGACGGUGACCUCGCUGCCGGGAACUUGAGCUGCAAGGAUGUGAAAUAUGUUGACGCCAGGAAGGGUUAUAUAUAUCACACCUGUAUUACCCUUAAUAAGAGAUAUUGGACUUCUACUGCUGCUACUGUAUGCAGAGAAGAUUUAAGAAUUGUAUAACUCAUUUCCUGCAAUUCUACACAUUUUGCCAAAGGGUGGAGGCAAAUGUAACUGAUUAUCAAUGGGCCCCACCCAGGUCGGUAAUUCCACCAUGCUUACUACAAGUUUAGAUAGCUGGCCGCUAGAUUAAUUUACCAAUCUGAAUAAAAAGUUUAUGCAGACCAGUGGAGGCUGCUGAAGGGAGGACGGCUCACAAUAAUGGCUGAAACGGAGCCAAUGGCAUCAAACACAAUGUUUGACGUAUUUGAUACUGUUCCACUAAUUCCGCUCCAGCCUUUACCACGAGCCGGUCCUCCCUAAUUAAGGUCCCACCAACCUCCUGUGACGCAGACAUGGGCUAAUUGAGUGACUGCUGAUGCACAACCACAUUAUCUGUGUAUUCUAGUAUUCUAAUUCUCAGCAGUAAGUUGAGAGCCUGACUGAGUUCCCCCCUGCAGCCCUGUGUCUCCACAGCCGUCUGGCUGUAUAUUCCAUACCCUGCAGCCCUGUGUCUCCACAGCCGUCUGGCUGUAUAUUCCAGACCCUGCAGCCCUGUGUCUCCACAGCCGCCUGGCUGUAUAUUCCAUACCCUGCAGCCCUGUGUCUCCACAGCCGUCUGGCUGUAUAUUCCAUACCCUGCAGCCCUGUGUCUCCACAGCCGUCUGGCUGUAUAUUCCAGACCCUGCAGCCCUGUGUCUCCACAGCCGCCUGGCUGUAUAUUCCAUACCCUGCAGCCCUGUGUCUCCACAGCCGUCUGGCUGUAUAUUCCAGACCCUGCAGCCCUGUGUCUCCACAGCCGUCUGGCUGUAUAUUCCAGACCCUGCAGCCCUGUGUCUCCACAGCCGUCUGGCUGUAUAUUCCAGACCCUGCAGCCCUGUGUCUCCACAGCCGCCUGGCUGUAUAUUCCAUACCCUGCAGCCCUGUGUCUCCACAGCCGUCUGGCUGUAUAUUCCAGACCCUGCAGCCCUGUGUCUCCACAGCCGUCUGGCUGUAUAUUCCAGACCCUGCAGCCCCGUGUCUCCACAGCCGUCUGGCUGUAUAUUCCAGACCCUGCAGCCCUGUGUCUCCACAGCCGUCCGUCUGUCUUCCUGUAAUUCCCCUACUCUCCAAAACCUACAGCCUCACUCUUCCUCUAUCCCUACCCCCUCUUUCCCUCUCUCCUCCUUCCCAGACCAUACUCCUCCUCUCUCCUCUAUCCCUACCCCCCCUCUUCCCCUCCCCCUCUCCCUCCUUCCCAGACCAUACUCUCCUCUCUCCUCUAUCCCUACCCCCUCUCUUUCCCUCCUCCUCCCUUCCCAGACCAUACUCCUCUCUCUCUACCCUACCCCCUCUUCCCUCUCUCCUCCUUCCCAGACCAUACUCCUCUCUCCUCUAUCCCUACCCCCUCUUUCCCUCUCUCCUCCUUCCCAGACCAUACUCCUUCUCUCUCCUCUAUCCCUACCCCCUCUUUCCCUCUCUCCUCCUUCCCAGACCAUACUCCUCUCUCCUCUAUCCCUACCCCCUCUUUCCCUCUCUCCUCCUUCCCAGACCAUACUCCUUCUCUCUCCUCUAUCCCUACCCCCUCUUUCCCUCUCUCCUCCUUCCCAGACCAUACUCCUCUCUCCUCUAUCCCUACCCCCUCUUUCCCUCUCUCCUCCUUCCCAGACCAUACUCCUCCUCUCUCCUCUAUCCCACCAGCCAUGGAGUCUUUAUGAUUCUAUAUCCCCUCCUCUCUUGCAUCUUUGUCAUCUUCUUCAUUUUUAGUGAUUUUGAGGGCUUGUGAGUGGCUCGGAGUGUCACGCUGUAUAAACAUGUGCUUAUCUCGCUCUCUGUCUCUCUCCCCCUCGCUCUCUCCUCUCUCUUCUCUCUCUCUCUCUCUCAUUUCAGGUGCUGUGUAACGGCCCUGGGACCUGCGUCCCCCUGUGCACGGCAGGACUUCUCCUGGGCCUCCUGGGAUUGAAGAAGGUCCUGAUUGUCUACGUUGAGAGCAUCUGCAGAGUGGAAAGCCUGUCGCUGUCCGGGAAGAUCCUCUAUCACUUCUCAGACUACUUCUUUGUGCAGUGGUCCACCCUGAAAGACAAAUACCCCAAAUCAAUUUACCUAGGAAGGAUAGUCUGACUCUGAAUAGACUAUCUGGAAAAAAGACUUCCUUUGUUCUUACAAAUGGGAACACUUUGCUCAGAUAAAUCAUGUUUAAUAGGUUGCUUGCUUGAUGGACAUUUUUCUACAAACUUCAAUGCAGAUGUUUUGGAACAUCGAGCCUUACAUAUAAUAACAAUGUAAAGAUGUUUUGGACCAGUUGAAUGUGUUAUGAAAUGGUACUUUAAUUCAUGGUGCAGUGUAAAGAAAUACUGAAUGGAAUUCAUACCAAAUAUGUUGCUACGGUAGUUCUGGCUUGAGUGAACACCUUUGGGAAUGAAUUCGAACGCCGACUUCGAGCCAGGCCUAAUCACCCAACA